AUGCGGUGGUACGCGAACGUGAAGGAGGUCGGCGGCGGCGACACCACGGUGGUGCUGGCGCACGGCUACGGCGCCAACCAGACGCUGUGGGACAAGCUCCUGCCGGCCCUCUCCCAGCACCACAGGGUCAUCCUCUUCGACUGGGACUUCACCGGCGGCGGCGCUGACGAACAGGAGGCGGAGGCGGCGCGGUACACGUUCGGCAGGUUCGCCGACGACCUAAUCGCGCUCAUGGACGACAAGGGGGUGCGGGGCGCGGUGGUGGUGGGCCACUCCAUGUCCGCCAUGGCCGCCUGCAUCGCCUCCGUCCGGAGGCCCGACCUCUUCGCCCACCUCGUCCUCCUCUGCGCGUCCCCCAGGUACAUGGACUCGCCGUCGGAGGGGUACGUGGGCGGCUUCGACAGGGCGAGCAUCGACGGCAUGCUGGGCGCCAUGUCGUCGGACUUCGGCGCCUGGGUGAAGGGUUUCGUCCCCAACGCCGCCGGCGGCGACCCGUCCGCGUCCUCGGCGCUGGAGCAGAGCUUCCUGUCCAUGCACCCUGGCGUGGCGCUGGAGGUGGCCCGGAUGAUCUUCCUGGGCGACCAGCGCGGGGCCCUGGACGCCGUGGCCGCGCCGUGCACCGUCGUCCAGGUGGCGGCCGACUUCGCGGCGCCCCCCGCCGUGGCGGAGUACAUGCGGCGCAGGAUGGAGAAGGCGGCGGAGGUGGAGGUGGUGGUCAUCGAUUCCGUCGGCCACUUCCCGCAGCUCGUCGCGCCGCAGCAGCUGCUCGCCGUGCUCCAGCGCGUGCUCCGGCGUGCCGCCGGCGAGGUCGUCGUCGGAGCUGAGGAGGAGCAGGCGGGGGAAGCGGCCGAGGUGGUGGAGGACGACGGUGGCAUCGAUGUCACGGCCUAG